AACAACACCCAUUUCAUGCGCGACACUCUGCAGCCCUCCUUCCCUCCGGCCUCUGCUCUGGUGGGCGGGACAGGGAGGGCGGGAAGUGUGUUAGCGCGCUAACCCCGAUACCAGAGCGACGUGGCCCCAUUGACGAAUGGCUGGUAUGCUGAUCCUGGCCCUCAUUCCUUCGGACUCCCAGUCUUCAGGUGGCACUGUCAGCGCGACCCCCGCAGGAUGCAGCCCGUGGAACAACACUCCCGCAACCCUACCACGUUGGCCCACACCAAAACGGACAUCGCUGACCCGUUCGGGUGUUGGGAGACGUCUCCAGCUGUGGUGGUGGCUAGUGCUCCCGUCCUAGAGUUGCUGCGUCCUUUUACGAAACGCCAGAACCGGGAAUCGUGCCACUAUCCCAUCAAACGCGCUAACGAAAUGAAGACGAGCGGAGAUACGAAGUUUCGAUGGUUCGACGGCGGUCACAAAGUGCGGGCGGAAAACCUGAAUUUCCUCGCCAGAGAUGACCUCAACCACCCUCCCUGCCUUCCACGCCAAUGCCGCGGUGCCAUCUCCUGCCAGCCGAGGAUGGUCGGCUGUCAUGGCAAUCGCCGGGCUGGCGAGGCCGCCUGUUGUAUCCCCUCCGUUAUACAAAGCCCGAGCUAUGCAGGGUUGAGGAAGUAUAAUAUUGAGUCUGUAUGUGUUCAGGCAGGAUAGUUUAUGGGUGGGGGCGGCGGGGUCGCACAUGGUGGAUGGAUUCUUGGUGUCCAUCACGCGACGGUAAGUCUAUACCUCGUUCCCGUGAAACACGGAGGAAAAGUAGGGAACAGCGCGGAUAUGGUUCUCGAGUAAACUCUCAAGCACGGAACGGCAAUGCCGACAGGAAUGUACCGGCCCGCGCAAAUCGGUUCCUCUGUCUAGGACGCAAGUGGAAAUGGUUGAAAGGGUGUUGCAUUGUAUGUAAACCGAAGAGACCAACUGGAUCUACUGCUGUCU